AUGUCUUCAGCGGCUCAGGUACCUGCUAAGAAGCAGCAAGAUCUUCAAGUUACCUACUCCAACUACAAAAACACUCUUCAGCAAAUAGCCCAGAGAAUUGGUGAUAUUGAGCAAGAAGCAGAGGAGCACAAACUUGUUUUGGAGACACUAGAGCCCCUCUCAGAAGACAGAAAGUGUUUCCGUCUCAUCAAUGGUGUGCUUGUUGAGAGGACGGUCAAGGAUGUGGUACCAGCCCUCAAGACCAACCAAGAAGGGCUUCGCAAGGUGUUGGAUGAUUUGGUGAAGCAAUACAAGACGAAGCAGGAUGAUCUUGAGAAGUGGAAGAAGAAGAACAAUGUGCAGGUUGUACAGCAAUAA